AUGGCUAAGAUGAAAUAUUUUGCUGCUGCCAUCCUACUUUUUGCACAAUCUGAGUUGAACGGAUUCACACGGAAUUUAGUUACCCUGAACAUCUUGAUGAACUGCUACUACCACAUUGGUCGGAUGAAUUCUGCUUUCUCUACGUUGGGGAAAUUUUUUAAGUUAGGUUAUCAUCCGAGUGUGGUAGAUAACCUAACAGUAUUGAAAGACAUCUCUCCUAAUGUUUAUACCUCUAACAUCCUAGUUGAUGCAUUAUGUAAAGAAGGAGGGAUUAUAAAAGUUGGGGCUAUUUUUGCUAGGAUGAUGAAGAUUGAUAAAAAACUUAAUGUCGUUACCUAUAGUGCUUUAAUAGAUGGGCAUUGUUUGACUAAUUAUAUUGUCACGGCUAAGGGAGUUUUUAAUAAGAUGAUAAAAGGGGGUUUGGAACAUAACCUUUUUAGUUAUAGUAUCUUGAUCAAUGCAUACUUUAAGAUGAAAAUGGUGGAUGAAGCCAUGGAUCUUUUUAAGGAAUUGCAUUACAGAAAUUUGAUUCCUGAUCUUGAAAACCUUGUUAUCUAUGAGAUGCGUGAUAGGGGUCAUCAUCCUAACAUAAUCACUUACACAAUCUUAUUAGACGCAUUUUGCAAAAGGGGCUAUCUUGAUAAGGCAAUCACACUAUUUAAGAAAUUUGGUAAUCAAGAAUUUCAGCCUACCAUGGAGACCUACACCGCACCUAUUGAUGGUUUAUGCAAAGGUGGUCAAUUAGAUGAUGCGUGGAAGAUUUUUCAUUAUCUUGUGGCUAAAGGUUAUCGAUUAGAUGUCCAUGUAUAUAAUGUCAUGAUUUAUGGACUUUGCAAAAAUGGUUUGCUUGACGAAGCAGAGGCCUUGCUUUAUAGCAUAAAGAGAAUGGUUGCCUCCUUAAUUUUGUAA